UGAGAUCUUUUUUUUCCUGCAAGAAGUUAAUUGAUUAUUGCCUAGGACUGGGGUGACGGCAUGUGUGCCCAAAGAGAGGGCUCUGCGUGCCACCUGUGGCACGUGUGCCAUAGAUUUGCCUCCACAGUCCUAGAAUCUAGCCCUCACACCACUUUUCAGCUUUGACUCCAAAGUGAUCUAACCCUAACCCAACUAUGGGCAAUCAAUUAUUGGCAGUAUCUGAAACCAUAUUUUAUAUUCAGGAAUAACACAGAGCCUAACUGCACAGAUUGUCCAAGCCAAGUGUGAUGUGGACCUAUACUGCUAUUGGCUGCCUGAUUGCGGAAGUGUUCUGUUUCUAUGGAUGCAUCCAUUUUCUAAGGAUGCUAACAGUUGGGGCAACAGAACUGUUCCUCACCUCUGACUUCUUGGAUGAAUGUGAGGACAAGGGGAGACUACAUUAAAACUCUGCUUGGGCACAUGCAUGCCUCACAGUCCACAGAGGAGCAUCUGAAGUUCCACCCUUUGGCCUAACCAAGAUGGCCCCAAAGAAAAAGCCCAAAGGGAAGAAAAGCAAAGGCAAGGAGGGGGCUGUGGGCCCUUCGGGCACUGCACCUUUUGUGAGUGAGAAGGAGCAGCGCUUGCAGAAGGAACUCGACAUCCUCUCUGAACACGUCGUCACCUACUCUCAGCGGCUGCGGCACUUCCAGUCGGAAAAUGAGUAUUUGGACAAGGAAGCCCAGCAGGUGCGAGAAGCCAGCAAGGUCUACCUCUCUUACUUAACCCGAAGAACCGUCCGUUGUCAGAAUGCCAUCGUUUCCCUGAAUGACCAGAAUCGGUCUGACCUCUCUCAGAUCCAGAAGCAGAAAGCAGAGGUGGCCGCUCAGUGUGCCGAGAGAGAGAAGGAGGUGAGGCGCCAGCUCAUGGAGCUGGAAAACAAGCUUUUCCUCCUGAACAGGGAUGUGGCUGAGCUGCAGCCCUGGCAGGAUCUGCAGCUUCGACAUCUGACCCAGAUACGGGAGCUGGAGAAGGAGCUGCUGAUCACCAAAAUUCAGCACGCGGAGCAGAUGCACAGAGUCAAGAGCCGGUUCCUUCACCAGGCGGCCGAGUACGAGAUGAAUGCUCAGCAGAAGGUCCAAAUUCUGGCCAAACUGGCAGAGGAGGCGGCUGUACGCAGCCUCAUCCAACACACCAAGCAAGUGAAAGCCGACAACUGGAGCCUGCAGAACGAGCUUCUUGGCCUCAUUAAGCAAGCCCAAACGCUGAAGGCUUUUCUGAGACACUUGCGGGAGCAGCAGCACCGCCUUUUCCAAGAACACCAGUGCAGGCAAGACCUCGCACGCAGGCGCACCUGGCUGCAGCAGCAUCGUGGGUCUCGCCAGGUCAUCACUCCCGGCAGCAGUUUUCGAUGCACUCCGCCAGCCAAGGGCAAGCUUGCCUCGCCUUCCUCUGCAGGGGCCAGCCUGCUGAGCAUGCAGGGAUCCGGGCCCUUCUCAAGCAGCUGCCAGCCAGAAAGGAUGGCCGCCCCUCCCUUUCCCACGCUCAGUACUUGAAGGCCCCACUGCCGAGGGCUCUCUCCUGGCCCCUGCAGCCAGCCACAGAAGGUGCCUUCCCCAGGCGAGGAGCCAGGUGGCUCUCUUCUACAGAAAGCAGCACAAUCCCGUGCUAGCGAGGCUGAGCUGACACCCACAAGCAGGGCCACUCUUACCUUUGGGGGUGGCAGGUAUCGGCAAUAUAGUAUUUUAUGGCUGUUUGUUCAGUUCUAAAUGUUCUGGGGUUAUAUUGGUCCGUGGUUUUAUUGCAAGUUUCCCUGACAAAUUGCCUAGUGAAAGGGGUCACUGGAACCAAUGUUAAAAUAAAUGUUAUUUUUAAAACCUCCAUCAUUUGGGACUACAUUUUGGAGAAAGAAAGAUGUCACAGAUAAAUAUGUGAUGGUAAACAAACCCAUGGUGCAAGUUUUAAGAUGCCGAUCAGAUGCCAAACCCUCUGCCAGAUCCAGCUUCUCCGAAGUAAAUUGCUUCUCUUUCCUGCAUUUGGCAAGUGCAUUUUAUAAAAAUGCACCACCAAGUUUGCAAGAACCCUUUCUCAGACACAAAGGAUGGGAGCACCUCCAUCGUCUCCAGAGGCUUAGGACAGCUCACUGUGGCCGACUAGCCUUGGCCGACUCACCGUGACACAAUUCAACACUGGAUAACUCAAGAGAGGGACCAUUAAUUGCAGC